AUGGAAUUCAAUCAAACUUACUUUACUAUUUAAGGAAUAUUUUACACUAUUAGCAUUUAAACACUAAAUAUAUUAAAUUUCAGCCUCCUAUUCGAAGGGCACCACCUUUUCUUUGCGUACUAUGUUAGCUUAUUCAUAAUAGAGAAACUUUAUAUGCAUAAAAAGCUAUCUUAAAACAGAGAUGAAGAAAUCUUUCUCUUUUUUGACAUACUUGAUCUCUAUUUUCUCCUCAAAAAAAAAUCAGAAUAAAUUUGGUCAAAUGAUAUCCAUUUUAUGAUUAAAUUAUUUAUUAGAUUUUUCUUUCUACCCUGGGUCUUCUAUAUUUACCUACUAAGAAGCGAAUACUUUUCCUACUAAAAGCCCUAUUUGCAAUAUUUGAUAAUAAUAUCAUUUAUUUUUAUUAUUAUUUAAUCUGCUAAUGUAAUGUACUUAAGUAACACAUUUAAAGUCCACUUUCUGAAUAUGUUUGAGUUCUUAGCGUUUUUAUCAGUGCUAAUGCAAUGUCUCUCUUUAACAGGUAUGAUGACCCUCUUUAUAAUAUCCUAUUCUAACUUUGAAUUUUGGAUAGUAGUGGCAAUUAAAUUGGCCAUAAUUGUUGUUUUCUGUCUUGCGAUAUAUGGUGAUAAAUUUGAAUUCUACAACGUAAGUGAUAAUCAAACUAAGACGUUUCUUUCUACUCUUUUAAUAUCUUUUUCAUUCAUUUCUGAUACAAGCCCAUUUUUUUCUUAUGGCAAAAUAAAGAAACCAGAUAAUUAUAAAGAUUCUAAAAUGAGCUCAUAGAGGACUCUCGUCUUUAUGAGAAUAGUUUAAUUUAUUGAAUGUCUGAUUUAUUAUGCACUUUAUGAUAGCUAAUCUCCUUGUUUUUAGCAAAAUAGUCUUCUAAGUUAAUUUUCUCAAGUGAUAGUAUUUGCUUUCUGGAUUAAUACUAUGAUAACCUUAUACUAUUUUAGUAUUUGCCUUUAUUAGUAUCUCACUAAAAAUUAUGAGUAUAUUGCAUAAUUGAGCAUUGAUAGAGAGAUAGCAGAAAAAAUUGUAAUAAAUUCAAAAAAAUUUGUUUUAAUAGAAUUUAAUUUGGUAACAAACGUUACUCAAACUAGCGAAAAAUUCUGGUAUUAAUUGCUUGAUUUAUCCUUUACUCCUAAUCCAUAAGUUGGUUUUCGUAAAAUAAAUUAUGGAGGCUUAUUUACUUUGAAUAAUUCAUCUGUUUAGCUAUCAAAAAAUAUAUUUUUGGAUAUUUUUUGCAAUUUUUAUAGCGAUUAGUCAUAGAUUCCUAACAGGGCUAUAUCAUUUAAAGAACCAUUAAAUGUAAUCGAGUAAAAGAAAUUAAAGAAGGCCUUAAUAAAUAGAUUAUUUUAGUACGGCUAUUCAUAAAAUAUGGAAGAAUACUUUGUUUUAUUGUGUUCAGAUUCUAAAAUUCUAAUAAAUUCAUUUAUUUACUCCAUAAUAAAAGUAGAUUUAUUUUACAAAAUAAUAGCUCCUUAAUGCAACUUCUUUCCUUAGCAAAUCCUGUUUGAUUUAUAUGAUUUUUGA